AUGGCGGCAUCAUCGAAUUGCCCUCCAGAGAAUGCAAAGUUCCGCAUUCUCAUGCUCCAUGGCUACGCUCAAACAGCCCAGAGCCUCCGCAUCAAAACCCGCCCUCUCCUCCAAGAACUCACCCAGACUCUCACUCCUAUCCUCCAAGCAAGAUACCCCGGAGGUAUUGAAUACCUCUUCCCCGACGGACCCAUCGACCUGGACACCAACUCCACCUCCUUCACCACCACAUCUACAUCCCACCCCACAAACGCAACGCGACUAGCCUGGUGGCUCAACCUUGAUGACACAAGCCGUUACAUCUUCCUCAACGACACAGUCCACUACCUCUCUAAUUUUCUAGACGGGAAGCCCAUUCACGCGAUCAUAGGCUUCUCGCAGGGCGCCGCGCUGGCCGUGAUGCUCGCGGCGAUGUGCGAGGCCGCUGCCGAUCCGCAGCGGUUGCAGGCCAUUCAGACACAGAAUCUUCCCGUUGACACAUUUCUGCAAUCGCUGUCAGGCCAACAACCGCUUGAAUUUGUGUUAAAUUUCUGCGGGUUCCGCGGCACGAUGGAGUAUUAUAGCAUUCUGUACACGCCGGCGCUGUCGACGCCGUCGUUCCACGCGAUCGGGGUGUUUGAUACGAUGAUCACGGCGGAGGAGAGUCGCGAGUUGUUGGAGGCUUUCGUCGCGCCGGAGGUCAGGUGGUUCUUCGGAGGGCACUUUGUGCCAAGGGAUGCGGAGAGUACGCGGCAGGUUGUCGGGUUCGUGAAGCGAGUGUGUUUGGAAAGGGCGGUCGGAGAUACGAGGCGGUUGGGGUCUGUCUUGACAAUAGGCUCGGGGUCGGAUUCAGAGUUGAGCGUGUCGAGUUUAUCGGGUGAGAGACGAAGGUUGAAGAAGGUGGAGGUGCGUGUGAGGAAACGGUCUCCGGUUCAAAUGGGGUGGGGAAGACGGGAAUUUGGAGUGAGGCUGGCAUUGGCAGUUUGA